AUGGGUGCGUCAGAGUCGAAGCUGGUAUUCAAGCAGGGCAUCUUCAGACUCUCGGAGGAGAGGAACAUUGCCGCCAAUGACCCAUACUGGACAAAUUUCUGGGAACUACCUGAAUCCGUCGAGGACGUCUUCAGUCUCUUUUCGCAUACCGACAUCCGCAGAACCCGAGAUUCUGCGCUCGAGAACCUUGAAACCCUCAUUCUAGCCGUCACAUCGCGCCUGAUCGUGUUGAAGAACCACCCCUCGUUUCCAGAUCCUGAUCUUGCUCCGGAAAAGGAUGCCCUUAAUUGUGUACGAGUCCUGACCCGGCUCCUGCCAUAUGUGUACGAGGCGGAUGACUUGUCAGAAUGGGAGGACAAGUUUUUCUGGGGAUUGAGGCGGCGCCGGACGAGAAGAUCUCAAGUCUCGGGUGAGGUGCUGUUCGACGACAAUCAGAUCGAGGAGGAAACCCCUACAGACAAUCGUGAGCAGGAAUUCGAGGAUAUCAAACCACUUGCGGAAGAACUUAUAGACACCUUGACCGAUCUCCUCUUCUAUGCAGGUUUCACGAUACCUGACCUCCCGCAGGCGAAGAGCAAGGUUACGUAUGCAAUCUGGCAGAGUGGCGUGGGUUGCAAAUCUUCCAUCCCCACAAACAAAGAACUCGAGAGCAAUCGAUGCGAGAUCCUCCGGCUCCUUCUGACCCUGUCCAGCAAGGCAAUGUACACGCAUUCCAAUGUCCUUCCAGUUCAAGGUGUCAAAGCUAUCACGUACCUCGCCACCUGUCCAGACAAGCAGAUCGUUCUCUCCGUGCUGUGUUCUCUGAUCAAUACCACGAUCAAAUCCAACCCUGGCUCGUGGCGUCUCCCGUACGACCACGUGGUCCGCAAGGAUUCCAAGCAGACCCUCGUCGUCUACAGCUUACAACUUCUCCUGGUCCUUCUGCUGUACCCAGUCCCCGAAAGCGGAAAUGGUCCGGCGCCGAAGAACUUCUACCGCCAUUAUCUUGGUCGACUCCAUAGACCGGAGGAUUUUCAGUUCCUUGCCGAUGGCAUGACUCGAGUCUUAAGCCAGCCGAUGCAAGCUACGACUUCAUACCUACCUGGGAGCCAGAAGUCGGUCAAGUGGGCCCCGGAAAUGACAAUGCUCUUUUGGGAAGUACUCCAGUGCAACAAAAGAUUCCGGGCUUUUAUCAUAGAGUCCAAGCGCGCACACGAUUUCGUCAUUCUCAUGCUAUUCUAUGCCAUCGAGUACAAGACUGACGCGUCAAAGCAAGGUAUCGUGAGAAUGUGCGUCUUCGUCCUCCAAACAAUGAGUGUCGAAUCCACCUUUGGAAACAACCUCAACAAAAAGUUUGAAGCACAGGAUACCUUGCCUCCAUCCAUUCGUCUGGCAAAUUUCAAAGGCACCUAUGCGGAUUUCUUGAUCACUUCAAUCCACACUUUGAUUACAGGGAGCAAGGGCAAGCUUGAAGCCAUCUACCCUGCCUUGCUUGCCAUCAUUAAUAAUAUGGCAGCCUACGUGCAGCAUCUGUCUUUGGCGGCAAGCACUCGCUUGGUACAGCUACUCGUAUCAAUGUCCACUCCAAGCUUCCUUCUUGCGAAUGAGAGCAACCAUGUCCUUCUUCGGGCACUCCUGGAAUCUAUCACCAGCAUGAUAGAGCACCAGUAUACAUCCAAUGCCAAUUUGAUAUAUGCUGUUUGGCGAUCGAGGAAACGUAUCGAAUCCUUGAGACAAUUCACGCUGGAGGGCGGUCAAGCAGAAAUUGAACGAGCUGCUCAACGCCGCAAGGAGAGUGCUCUGAACGAUAACGCAGAUGAUAUUUCCAGAUCAUCUACCAGGGAAAACCUGUCUUCGCCAGUUGCUCGCAGUGGAAUGUUGCCGAACCCGGAAAGUGCAGUGGACGGAACGUUCGCCAUAGGAGACUCGGACGACUCCGACAAUGAAGAGCCACCAGCCCCUUCUCAGUCGACGCAAUCCAUGCGGACUUCUCGAACACCUUCGAUUGCCUCGUCAUCCAUCCCAGAAGACCACGUUCCCGUUCAACUAUCGGGCAUGUCAGAAAAGGCCAGGGGUAAGAUGCCCGCGAAUGCCCCGACAUUCUCUCGACAAAACAGCACAUUAAGCCUUUCAGGUACUUCGACAUAUACCACAGGCCGUGGCUCGUUCACGCCCACGACAGAUUGGCUAGAGAGCUGGCUCCCUGAGCUACCUCUUCACACUCUGCUUACUGUAAUCAAAGUCCUCUCUACGCACCCUCUGGCAUCACCACGUGUCAGCAAUGCGGGCGCCACUCACAGCGAUACCACAAACCCGCCCUCGGUAGCUUCCUCGCGCCGCUCAUCACUGACUGGAGGUGACGAGCCCUCUACGAUAAACUCCCCCACCGCAAGUCCCACAGACUUCCGCUCCCAAAUUCCCUCCACAGCCUCGCACCCUGCCAUCGCCGCCAUACUGGCUUCGCCAUCCCCAAUCCGGGUACACCUUUUCGAAUGGUCGCCGCUCUCUCUAGGCUGGUACAUGUCCGUGCUUUGGUCUUUGAUAUUCACCGCGGAAAUGACCAUCUCACCGACCUCCAGCACGGCGGCCACCCUGACAGGAGGGGGAGUGAUGGCUGGGCCGGUGGGUGUCUGGAACGGAACGAACGUGAAGUUAUUUCAGGUUGCAACUGAGGGGAGACGAGAAGGUCCAAGCCUAAGCCAGCCGAGAGGGGCGGUGGAUGCUGUGGGUAGUAGGAUUGUGCAGGGAGUUCAGGGGUUAAACCUGGGCGGUCUGGUUUCUAGAGUGGGAAGUGGAGUGAGAAGUGUCAGUGCUAGCAAUAUUACUGACGGUGCUGCUACACAGGGAAGAGGUACCACGAGAGAAAUCUGA